AUGGCCUCCCUUUACAAGGAAAUUAUGCCGGCGAAGGCCGUCUACUGGGACCGAAAAUCCGGGCUUUCCCUCGAUCAGUGGAAGAAACAACUGGAAGUCUCCACGACGAUUUAUGUCGGGAACCUUUCCUUUUGGACGCAGGAAGAGCAGAUUUGGGAACUCUUUUCCAAAUGUGGCAAUCUCGUCGCCCUCACCAUGGGCCUGAAUAAGUUUAAGAAACAGCCGUGUGGGUUCUGCUUCGUCCAGUACAGGACACAUGAAGAGGCCGUCCGAGCCGUUCACGUGUUGAAGAACGCAAAACUCGACGGCAGGUCACUGACCGUCGACUUGGACGCUGUAGGUGUGACCGACGGGCGACAAUACGGCAGAGGGGAGACCGGCGGGCAAUGGCGAGACGACAUGCGGAAAGGCUUUGACGCGCAGCGGGGUGGGGACGGGAAGGAUUUGUUGAAGAAGGUCAACGGAACUGACGGCUGUAUUUACACCGGGAAGAACUUCCACCGAGAAAACGCAGACGAGGACAAAACGAAAAAGAAGAAGGACGGCGACAAAAAAGAUAAGAAAAAAAGACACAAAACCGACGACAAGGGGGAGAAGAAAGCAAAGCGACAGAAGACCUGA